UUUUUUUUUUUUUGGUCAUGACAGCUUCGUCAUUACUUGAAUCUGCUACUCCAUCUUGUACCACACCAUCAAAAUAUCGUUUAGUAGUACGACAACAACCCGAAAAAGCAAGACUAUGUAGUUUCAAAGAAAAAGUGGAUCGACGACCAUUGGAUCCUCCGCCUAUAGUACAGCUAUUCACGGAUAAAAGUAGUCAACUUAGAUACCCAUACUUUUUUUUAUAUGCGACACUUGUCACAGAAACAGGGGAUGAAGAUUUGACUUUUUUGGAAAGUGCUAGAACUACAGCAGGAACAACAGUACAAUCUUUACAUCGGUUAAGAGAUUGUGACAAUGACGAAGGGGCUUUUUUUAUAUUUGCAGAUGUCAGUAUCAGGAUGGAAGGUUUUUUCAGAUUAAGGUUUACACUAUUUGAAAUCAUUGGACCUUAUGCAAUCAGUCGAUGUUCCGAAUUAUCCGAUGUAUUUCAAGUCUAUUCACCAAAAAGCUUUCCGGGGAUGUCAGAAUCUACUUUUUUAACACGGUUGUUUUCUGAACAAGGUGUCCGGAUCCGUAUUAGAAAAGAAACAAGAACUAAUGUAUCUCCACCAACAAAACGACGGCGAUCUGAUAUAAAGCAAGAACGGCAACAUGUGACUAUUUCUUCUAGUAACGAUGACAACAUCACCACGACUCAUUCCAUCAUGUCCAUGAAAAACAUCCUAAGUUCUCCAAUACAAGAAUCACCACAAAAAUUCUCUCCUCCUCCUACAUCAAGGAUAUUACCCAUACCAAGCCGGACUUUACUUCAUCCUGAACAUUCAACACAUCCUUCCUCUUUAUCAUCUUCUUCUAGUUCUAGUUUUACUCAUUCCCAUUAUCGUCCUUAUCUCCCUCAACAUCGUCGUUUUUCAUGAUCAUUAUACAUACAUACUUCAUAUAUAAUAAAUAUCAUUGGUAUCCAUUCUUGCCAUUGUACUAGAUCCGAG